UACUUUUUAAACAAAUAAAGAGAGGUAUACGUUUAUAUAAUUAUGUAGACGUGGACACUUUGAAUUAUGUACAUGUAAUAUAUGUUACGAUUUAUUAAAUUAGAUAGAAAAGAUUUUCCUUUGGAAAAUAUUAUAAUAAUUUAUCUUCAAUUUCCGUAAAAAGCUGAUUUCACCGAUUACGUAAAAGAGUGAGGUUUUUAAUGUAAACACACGCACACGCACAUACCACAUAUGUAUAUUCAACAUGUGACGAAGUCAAUCACCGCUUAUCUUUAGUAAUAUGUACAUACAAAGUAUAAAAAGUCCCUAAUAAGAUUGUUCUUAUCAUUUAAUAUUAUUUUUAUCGAUCACAAAAUUUUUGAUUAAUAUCUCUAUAAUAUAUAAAUUAAAAAAAUAAAUAUAUAUCUAUAUGUUUAAGUUGAGUGUGUCGUGUGCGUAAGUGUGUAAUACGAUAUGUCGAGGAUUAUUCGCCAGUUUACACUGACACAAAUGGCAAAUGUAGAAGAAGUCAAAACUAUUUGGAGAAUUGCGGAUGCAAUAACUUUUGAUGUUGAUUCUACUGUUAUUAAAGAUGAAGGCAUAGAUGAACUUGCUAAAUUUUGUGGGAAAGGCAAACAAGUUACAGAAUUAACGAAGCAAGCGAUGCAAGGAAAUAUGACAUUUCAACAAUCUCUUUCAGUAAGAUUGGGUAUUAUAAGACCUAGUUUAUCACAAAUUAAAGAAUUUAUACAAGUACAUCCUCCACAGCUUACUCCAGGAAUAAAAAAUUUGAUAAAAACAUUGCAUUUACACAAAAAGGAAGUAUUUCUUGUUUCUGGUGGAUUUCAUUGUUUAAUACGUUCAGUUGCGGAACAACUUGAUAUACCGACUGAAAAUGUUUUUGCUAAUAGACUUAAAUUUUACUUUACGGGAGAUUAUGCAGGAUUUGAUGAAAAUGAACCAACAUCGAAAAGUGGUGGAAAAACAGAAGUUAUUCGUUUUCUGAAAGAAGAAAAAGGGUUUAAAACAAUUGUUCAUGUUGGAGAUGGGGCAACGGAUUUAGAAGCUUCUCCUCCAGCAGAUGCAUUUAUAGGAUGUAACAGAACAUGUGGGGUCCACCCACUUCGAGUGCUUAUUGUACAUCUAAAAAUAAUAAAAAGAGUUCCUAUAAACACAUGCUCUAUCUUUCUUCGUUUAUGAGAUAUAAUGUAUUUUGUAAACAGAGUAAUCUUCGUCUCUAAACCAUUUUAAGUACUAAGUACUAAGGUUCAGAACAAGCUUUUCAACAUUCUGAAACCAUUCAGAUUAAUCGGAUUUAUAACAAAAUACUUAGAAGCUUGUAUUAAAAUGCGAUAUGGUCAUUUUAAGUAUCUUCUAUAAAGAUUAUUAGAUAACACGAAAUCAAAACAAAAUUCGUAUAUCUCAUGAAUGAAGACAGAUAGAGCAUAUGUUCGUAUGAAUUUUUUUCAUUAUUUUUAGAUGUACAACGAUCAUCUCCCGAAGUGGAUUCCACAUGUUCUAUUACAUCCUAUAUAUAUAUAUGAAAUUUUUAC